AUGGCACUUCGCAUCGCCCGGCCGCUGCUGGCGGCCGCCGAGUUUCCUACCCCGGCGCAGCCCCUAGGUACAGGCGUUGUCUUUGAACACGUUUUACCUGUUAAGUAUGCUCUUAGUGGCCCCAAGUGGUGUGCCGUCGUCGCCUCGGGUUUAAGCGGAGCCUUUGCUGGAAACUUCUUCUUUAAAAACUGCAUCAUGAGAAAAAACCCUCCAAAUCCUCCUCGAGACCCCAAUGAACGGCCGCCGGAGCGACAUCCGCACGCCCCAGAGGAGGAGUAG